UGAAGUUAGGCAUGCAUGCUCCAAACCUGGGCACUUUAUGUACUUGCCAUGAUUCGCAAGGAAAUUGCAGAUGAAACUGAUAGGGUGACGGGAAAAACGAAACAAAUUUCACCUAUUCCUAUCCAUCUUAGUAUAUACUCUCCAAAUGUUGUCAACUUAACCUUAAUUGAUUUGCCUGGACUGACAAAAGUCGCUGUUGAGGGACAACCUGAAAGUAUUGUUGAAGACAUUGAAAACAUGGUGCGAUCUUAUGUUGAAAAGCCUAACUCCAUCAUACUGGCAAUAUCUCCAGCAAAUCAAGACAUAGCGACCUCAGAUGCUAUCAAACUUGCAAGAGAGGUGGAUCCCAGUGGUGAACGGACAUUUGGUGUUUUGACAAAGUUAGAUUUGAUGGAUAAAGGAACUAAUGCAUUGGAUGUUCUUGAAGGGAGAUCUUAUCGUCUACAACAUCCUUGGGUUGGAAUUGUGAAUCGAUCACAAGCUGAUAUCAACAAAAAUGUUGAUAUGGUUGUUGCAAGGCGGAAGGAGCAAGAAUACUUUGCUACAAGUCCUGACUAUGCACACUUAACAAGUAAAAUGGGUUCAGUGUAUCUUGCAAAACUUCUUUCCAAGCAAUUGGAGUCUGUAAUUAGGGCAAGAAUACCAAGUAUCACGUCGUUGAUUAACAAAACCAUUGAUGAACUUGAAUCUGAGAUGGACCACCUUGGUAGGCCUAUUGGUGUUGAUGCAGGGGCUCAACUCUACACUAUCUUGGAACUUUGUCGUGCAUUUGACAGGGUUUUUAAGGAGCAUCUGGAUGGAGGUCGACCUGGAGGUGAUCGGAUUUAUGGUGUAUUUGACAACCAGCUUCCCGCUGCUUUAAGAAAGCUUCCAUUUGAUCGGCAUCUUUCUCUGCAGAAUGUGAAGAAAAUUGUUUCAGAGGCAGAUGGUUACCAACCACACUUGAUUGCACCCGAGCAAGGUUAUCGACGACUUAUUGAGGGGUCAUUAAAUUAUUUUAGGGGCCCAGCUGAAGCUUCAGUUGACGCAGUUCACUUUGUUUUGAAGGAACUUGUUAGAAAGUCAAUUGGAGAAACUCAGGAGUUGAGGCGGUUUCCUACACUGCAAGCUGAAAUAGCUGCUGCAGCGGGUGAAGCCUUGGAAAGGUUUCGGGAGGAAAGUAAGAAGACAGUUAUAAGAUUGGUGGACAUGGAAUCUUCAUACCUGACGGUAGAUUUCUUCAGGAAACUGCCCCAGGAGGUAGAGAAAGGGGUUAACCCAGCUACUCCUGCUGCUGCUGCCGCCGCCCCAACUGUGGAUCGCUACGCAGAGGGCCACUUUAGGAGGAUAGGUUCAAAUGUGUCUUCUUACGUGGGAAUGGUGUCUGAGACAAUCAAGAACAUAAUUCCCAAGGCAGUGGUUUAUUGUCAGGUUAAGGAGGCCAAACAGUCCUUGCUCAAUCGCUUCUACAUUCAAAUUGGCAAGAAAGAGGCUAAGCAGCUUGCACAAUUGUUAGAUGAAGAUCCAGCAUUGAUGGAGAGGAGGCAACAAUGUGCAAAAAGGCUUGAACUGUACAAGUCAGCGAGGGAUGAGAUUGAUUCUGCAUCAUGGGCGCGGUGAGACUAACGGACAUAUGGAGAUGCUUUGUAUGGUAUGAUGACACAGUUCACGAUAUAAACAAUUCCGUACUUUUGCUGAUUGUUGAAUUAUUGGAUGAUUGAGAUUCUUCUCACGUCAUAUUUUUUUUAGUUUAUUCCUCGUGUUGGAGGUUGGGAUUUUGUUCUUUUCUUUUCUUUCCCGUUAUCUGGUAGGUGAGUCCAUUUGAAUGUUCUGUAAAUGUGUAAAUUUUAUUACUUCCCUUAUAGUAUGUAAAGUAAUUAAAUAUCUCUC